CCGCCGCGAGCACGCAGCGGUCACGAAGGCUUCUCAGCCGCGCGACGUCGUCGUCCGACGAGGAAGCCGACAAGGUUUGGCGACGUUUCGUCUACUAUUGUCGUGUGUGAAGCAGCGGAGUAUAUCCAGUGCGCGUGCGUGUCCCUUGGCCUUCACUUUCAGUGUAAUCAGAGUUCUACUUGGAUUACUGCGCGCAAGCGAACCGUCGCUGUGACUUCGCCGUGCGAGGCCGGACCGGAACAAGUCUUCUCCGGCGGGUGCCCUCCAUGGAUUAUCGAGUCGUCCGUGAGUGUGCGUGUGCGCCGCCGUCGUGACGCCUAGCGCCGCGAGGUGCGCUGUGACGUUCCGGAAUUUCGGCUCCGUGUACCGCUCCAGAAUAGACUAUGGCCCACAACGCAUCGACAACGCCAAUCUGCCGCUGCCGGGUCCUAUACCUAGGUUCGGCCGUCCCUCACAUCACGAAGGACGGCCUUCAGGGCAUUCAGGAGCCACUACGCGAGCUUUACCCAGAUCAGGGACCCGUGUCUGCUCGAGGCAUUGACUCGUGGCUCAGCGUCUGGAGCAACGGACUCCUAUUGGAGAACGUUGAUGAGUCCCUGCGCCAGCACGUGCGGUUUUUUCCCAUCGAGACGCUUCACUACUGUGCAGCGGUGCGCCACGUCGUUGUGCCAGGCUCAAGCGGAUCUGAACGCGUUGAGAAGUUUCUGCCUCUAGACAGUCCGUUCGCGAGGCACGCCGGACCACAGCAGCCUCCGUUGUUCGCGUGCAUACUGAGGAGGACUACUGGCAUCAAGGUGCUCGAAUGCCACACGUUCAUCUGUAAAAAGGAGGCAGCGGCCAAUGCCCUCGUACGUUGCUGCUUCCACGCGUACGCCGACUGUACGUACGCCAAGCAGUUGGAAGAGAACCCCUACGCUCUAGACGGGCCACCGCGGCGAGCUCAGUCUGUUGUGGGACUGGACACUGUGCAGAAGGUCGAAGCAUGGCGUCACCAGCAGGCCGAGCCUUCUACCAGCAACGGCGUGCCACACGCGAACGGUGGCUCUAUCUUGCUCGACGACGAGACGGAAGACGACGAAGGGAACUACAAAGUCUGGACUGGACCUGCUCCGAGAGAACUUGUCUACAUGGACACCAGCGGCACACUAAGAAGCGUUCAAUCAACCGCCACAGGACCCCCCAAGUCGUCUCGUCCCCGACAGCUCGCCAUACCCUCUCGACCACCGCCGCCACCAUUGCCACCGCUUCCGCCUCCCGGCUCAAGCAAGAUAAACGGUCACAAGGAGAGCUCAAAGUCAAAGAAGAAAUCAAAGUCCAAGUCCUCGUCGAAUUCCUCGCCGCAGCAGCUCCCUCCCAUGCCGCCUCCACCUCACCUUAACGGGUACAGCAUGAUAUCAGGCUACAGCGGCAACCAUCCACCACCUCCCAUGAUGAUCCACUCGGAAAGGAUGCGCAGGCCUCCUGAAAGGCCCAUGCUGUACAGCUCCGAGGAGCCCUCGUACAUACCUGCCGUGCGAGCAAUGAGUCCGACCGCCUCCUACCAGCCUGGCAUGUAUCCCCACGAGCAAUACUUUAUGCAGAACUACAGCACAGCUCCCCGCCCUCACGGAAACAAGCACAGGGGAAACGGCGAGCACGCACCCUCCUCGAAGCAUCCCAAGGAGCACAGGCGCAGCAAUGGAAACCAUGAUGACUCUGCGGGAGGGGACACUGACUCUCCCUUCAACACGGGCAUCUACCGCCGGAAGGGCCAUCUAAACGAGCGUGCCUUCUCCUACUCCAUCAGGCAGGAGCACCGGUCGAGGUCUAACAGCCUGGCUAACCUGCACUUCCUCAAUGGUGGGCCUGAAGGCAACGGCGAUCCUGGACCUUCCGGUAUGGACAAGAAGGACAGAGAGCUCGCUCAGCUCGUGGGCGACCUGGACUUAAGGGACAACAAUGGUUACGGAGGCCCAUCUCACAGGCCAGUUACGCCGGACACAAACUUUACCCGAAAGAAGGCAUCGUCCAAGAACUAUGCUUGGUAAAAAGCACGAAGAAUGGUGGGACGAGUUCCACAACAAGGCACGCUUUUCAUCCACUCCUCAUGGAGAGAGACGAUAGACUUCAUUGAAUUAUCCGGUGCGCGACUAUCCCAGCCCUGCGAGGGUAGGGUCAUGGUGAUGCGGCCACACACCAACUCGGCCUGUCGUCCUCUACUCGGCGUGCAGCCCUCGCUACUCCGGCCUUCUGGAUGGAUGGAUGAAUUGAUAUGGCUGUACCCUUUGGAUCGGGCGGCGGCUAACACUACCUUCUGGCACUUGCGCUCGCGCCCGUGCUCCUCGCGGAAGAUUUGUGGAGCGUUCGUGCGGUCAACGUAUAUUGGAGUGCACUAUGAUAAUGAAUGUAACUGGAUAGAUGCCAUGAUAAGCGACCGCUCCGUGCUUGUGUGCGAAGUGCCACUGUGUCCUCAACGUGUGCGUUUUUCCCCGUUUGGUGUUUUCUGUGUGAUGUACUUUAUACGACUGAGUGGUAAUGACGGUGGCUAAGCGCACGAUGACACGCCAAAAUGGAUAUAUGCAUGUAACGUGGAUUGCCUUGCCCGGCCGAAAGGUGCCCACAGGAUUAAGACUCAUCGGUGAUGAUCCCCAUCGUAAUACCACCCAAGGAUUCUGCUCACUUGUUCCCCGGCUUCGAAUCGGCCAAGUCAAUUGUUUAGAUUAAAACACUUUGCCUUUGGUUACAGCUCCAUUAUUACUGGGUGCGACCAGAAAUAUGGUUUGCUUCAAGGCAGCGCUAAGAUUUAACACUGAGGAACACUUCGUUAAGCUCUUGUUAUCUCGUAAUAACCAACAGUCUGCUUUGUUUGUGUGUGUUUGGCCAACUGACCGACUUUCUAAUCCUGUGUGGAUGUGCUAGGGAUUCAUGAAAUAACCCUGGGAAAAUAUGAAGGCGUUCGCUUGAAACCGCACUAGUGUAAUUCCCCAACGCGCAUUUCAGAGAACCAAUCAAUUCCGAUGAGCUAGAUGGCCCUUCUGUGCUUAUUGGCUGUGCGUUGAUUAGUGAAUGUCCAAGUUCAGAAGCGUAGGCCAAAUCGAGAAACAACGAUUGAUAGUAUACCACUUAUUUGAAGAUUAUAUUUUUGCGUUUACAACAAUUUAUUUUCUCUGGCAUUGAAUGCACAAAAAAGAGCAGAAAGACGAUGCAAACACCGCGUUAACGUGCAAAAAAUGUUUCAGUUUAUGCUGCAGUCCCAUUGUACUGGCAUUGGCUAAUUUUACAUCAAUCUUAUGCUACCACUAAGAGCUGCGCUCAAAGCUCAAAUGAUCGCUUGGAAAUGUAUUGUGACUUCAUCUGAUCAAAGUCGAUCGCUAGUCAUUUGUGGAAUGCCCAGCUAGCACUUACUAGAGAAGGAUUCAUUUGGAAGGAAGAAAGCCGCAGCAUAUCUUGACUGCGCGUGAAGAGCAAACUUGACUCUCAGGUGUCCCUACCUUGUACGAGCGCUCUUGCUACGUUUGCAAUAGAGAGUCAGACGAAUGCAUAGGAUUGAUAUGCAUAAGCAAGUGCUGAAGUUGAGAUGAGAAAGGAAUCCGAAGAUCGACUGACUCAAGGUGGCGCGCGCUUAAGAAUGAAGCGAUAGAGACACUCACUUGGUAGUCUGUUACUGCUUUUCUUUUUAGAACAUUGCAGAUCUUUACCAAUAAAUAGGUACUUUUUUGAUACAUGCACUGAUUUAAUGAGAAAGAAAACGGGAAACAACCCGUUUUAGCAUAAAGCCACUAUAGUUCAUGCCGCAAACGGUUUAAAGGUUUGGUUUUGUGUCGAAAUGCAGAUUAUUAUGACUGCCCGUCAUCGAAGUCGUGUUUGGUUGUCAUGACUUAACAGCGUGUGCAUGGUAGCUGUCAAUUAUAAGGGUCUCGCAAGAAUGCACCUGUGUUCGGCGGUCACUUAUAAUCGUGAGAAAUACAUAGUAACUCAUUGCAUUACGCACGAACCUCUGCCAAGCCCCGACAGAUCUACGGCCGUAUGCCUGGUUAGCGAUUUCAGCUGUUGAUUAAGAGAAUAAGGGGAAUGUGUUCUGACGCAAAGACACCCCUCCUUCCGUUUUUUUACAUGUACAGAACCAACGUUCUAGCUAUCUAUUUACUACAAAGCUGAAUACUACGCAUUCAUAUUGGAAAUACGUUACCUGUUCAUAUUUGUCAGCUGCAAAUUCAUGCACACUGUUAGCCUUCUUCAACUUGCUGGGCAGCUGAGCGAAACCUUCGAUUUGUCUUCAAGCAAGUGACAUUAGUUAUGCGCAUACGGGCGUCCGACAGCCAUUUACUUUACCUUCUAUGAAAAAAAAAAGAAAACUGCUUGCGUUCCUGGUGUGCUCAUGCUAGAAAUAUGUGAACUGUUUUUGCUUGACCAACGCGGUCAUUUACGAACCCUUGUAGCGCCGCAGGUGUUGGCAGGCUUCUGGAAUGCCACUUGCAAGGUGUUGUUCAUUCAUAAACUGAGAGUCACAAUUCAGAGCCGCUUAUAAAACUGUUGAUGACGUAGUUAGUUUUCAUUUGCUUUCAAAAGGUAUCCUGCUUUCCAAAUCAGAAAUCGUGCAGCCGUCACAAAUACGCGGGCUCCAUUACAGGUUUUCUGCUCUCAAAUAUGUAAGAGUACGCAAUCCAUAGUUGCGCACGGAGUACCCGUUUCCUCUUCCUCCAUUCUAAGAGCACAUUCGUUCCGUUUGUCUUUCUUCAGCGUUGCUAAUUUUAGCCUUGGCUACAACGCUCAAAUGCGCGUGGCCGUUUUCAGUAUGCGUGAGCCGACCGUCAAACUUGCGAGAUAAGGAUUACGAAAUCCGCGUAAAGCCGAUAGUGCUUUCGCCGGGCUUCUUACGGCUUUUCGUACUAAAGUAACCUUCAGCUCGCGUUUAUAGGCAAGAGUACCGGCGCAAGCGUCUUACAACGGACGCCCCGUACCGCGGAAUGAUCCGGUGGCCGUGCGUUGAACUCGGACAAAGUCCAAUGCUGAGCGGCGGGUCGUACGACGUGUGCCCCGUGCCUAACGUUGACACCGGUGGCUUGAAGGCUGAAGCCUCCACGUUCUUCCUAAAGAGAGGAAACACGUUGUUUGGUUUAUCGGUCAUGUGCUGCUCCAGAGCAGUGAGGGCUACCCCCGAAAUUCAACUACGUUGUGGAAACCUGCAACAAAAAACGAAGUAAAAUGAUGAACGAGAAACACAUUUGUUCAGACGCAUCGACGUACAUACUCCGAACAGUCCAGAAAAAAACUUCACGUUGUAUUCAUUAUUGUAAUGCUUUGUAAAAUGUUCCAGAACUUUAUUUCCUAGUAAACAGUAAAGCAUCCUUGUUCAUCACAGUCAGCUUAUCACUGUCACGAUGACGCAAUUGUGACUUUGUUACCUGGCCAACCACAGAACAGCCUAGCCUUACGCCUAGCAAGGCUUAGUAAACUUCGACAAGUUGUGGGCUCGAAAAGCAGAAGGUUUAAUCACCUACUACAGGUUUUAUUUCUUGCAUUUCAGGGCACUAGCCAUAGCGACCAUGUAGCUAUGGCUAGUGCCCUGAUCGUGAAAUAGAAUACUAGUAUAUUACGCAGCAUCUUAGUCGCCUUGACGGACCAGGACUCUGAAACAAAGGAUGAAGCUGUACUUGUCACAGUAUACUGUGACAAGUACAGCUUACAACUAUAUAUAGUUGUAAGCGUUUUCUGAAUAUUUGAUAAAAUUAAGCCUUAGCUUCACUUGCUGAUGCAUGCAAUUUAAGCUCUGAUUAUUUCAGCGUAUUGUAAUAUAAUUUGUUGAUCAUAUUUAUAGAUGAUAAAAAAUUUGCAUGCUCGAUAAAUAUUAGUAAAGAUUUUGUGUUGCUGCUAUCGUUGAUGUAAAAGAAAGCGCAGAAGUUCAAUCAAAAUUUCAAUAAGGUGGUAGCAAAAUAGUAAUGUUUUGUGGCCAUCAUGAGUUUUGUGAAAUAAAGAUAGCCCAAACUUGCUGUUAUCGCUGUUUUAUUAAUAACUCCGAUAACAUUUCGUUAGUCUGUGUCCUUAGAAUGCCUGAUAUAAUAUUAUGGUGCGUGCCGAAGAUUUAUCGUUUUCAUCCCAAUAAAGAGUGUGCCUUUAGGAAAUUUAUUGAAAUAUGCGUUCAUGAACGACUGAUGUCAAUCACUUGACGCAUUUUACGCAUAUAUGUCAGGGAAUGCGUGAAGUACAUGCACGUUAAUCAUGACGUGAUUGCCGAUGUGUCAUCUUCUUUGCCUCAUCGGUGUUCCGGAAUAUAUAAAAUCUUUCUCUAAGAAAGCAGAUUAAUUGGAAUGAAAUAGCAAAUGUUCAUAAAUUUGAAGACGAAAAAGUGAAGUGCACAUUUAUUGAAACUGAAUAUUAACUCAUGGAUUUGUGCGUGGACAUAGAGGCAUCGAUUUUCAGUUUGUUGAUCCCUGUUUUGAUCCUUAUGUUUUUCUCUUCAACACGGUUAACGAUCGAGUAUGUUUUACUAUGUCACUUGCAUUCUAAUACAAGACGGUCAAAACGUUUAUUAACAGUAAUAUAUUGUACUAGCAAAGUAGCACAUAUAGUAGGAGAAGUUCAGUAAACUGAAUGAGUGUUGUCACAAUUGGAAUGCGUUUGUGCUACUUAUGAUGGGACACUUUGAAAACAGAUAAUGCUUAUGCUACUGAACGUGACCCCAAAUGGGAAACUGCGUAGAAAGAAAGAGUGCGAGACUUGAGUGGUUUGUUCUUUCUGCUCUUCGUUGUUGUGUUGACGAUGCAUCGACUUGUACAGCUCCGAGCAAGACCUUUCUGUGUGCAAGAAUGUCCUGCUCUGUUGUUAUGCCGAAAUAAAACGGACAGUUCCUGGUCAAAUCAAA